AUGGUGAUCCUGGUCCGAGUACAUCUUCUAAUGUUGAUUGACAGCUUUAGAGAAAAGGAAAAUGAGGGCCGUCAAACACGUUACGGAGACCAGAGAGUAAUAACACACUAUCAAUUAUUGACAGUUAUAAAACUAGGUGUAAUUGAAGAAUGUACCUGUUGCGGAAGUACCUGGUUUUCAGUCUACAUUCAUCAUAUCCGAAGAUUUAUCGGGAUUGCCAAAGGAUUGACGAUCAUAUUCCAUCAAUUUGAAUUGAAAACAUGUCCACUGCAAUUCACUAUCAAACGAUAUCCAACAUUACUUUCUUUACCUGAAUUUAAUUGGGCUAUGCACGACGUUGCUCGGACUUCUCUGUGGAAUGAGGAUAUUGUUGACCGUUUUGGAAGUGUAAAGAACUAUGGCUACAAUGUUGUAUUUUCUUUAGACAUACAUUUACAAGAAAAUAAAAUACAAAAGAAACUACAUAUGCCUGCAAUACAAUCCGAAGAUACAUUAAGAAUAUUGAAAUAA